AAAAUUAAGAAACUGAAAUUAGGAAUUACAUUUGUGCUUAUUGCAAGAACACAGUAUAGAGAAUUACCAGUAACUGUCACUGUCAGGAUAAAAUGUCUUCGCCAAAAUUAAAGAAACGAAAGAUGAACGACGAAGAGAAUAAAAACACUGAAAAUAUUACAGAAGACAAUACACAGAACCACAUAACAAAUGGGACAAUAAACAGCACAGUAAACUGCACAAUAAACAAUUCAGAAAACAGCACAAGGGAUAACAACACAGAGAAUAACAUUGGAGAGAGUAUAAGCAAUAGUACAAAGACUGGUACAGGGAGUAAUGAUUCUUCAAAAUCUGAACUGCCUUCAGACCCCUUGGAUUUCAGAUUCUCUGAUGAACCUAGUUUGGAGAAAAUACGUCAACUACAGGCUGCCUUCUGUAAGGAGAGAGACUGGGACCAAUACCACACUCCACGUAAUAUUCUCCUGGCUCUAGUGGGAGAAGUUGGGGAAGUUUCAGAAAUAUUUCAGUGGAAAGGAGAGGUUCCAGUUGGACUUCCAGGAUUUAGUAAUAAAGAAAAGGCUCAUCUAGCGCAGGAACUUAGUGAUGUUCUAGUCUAUCUGGUGCGGCUUGCACAUAUAUGUCAUAUUGACCUUCCUAGUGCCGUAAUUGAAAAACUUCAGCUUAAUAAAGAAAAAUACCCUGUUGAGUUAGUAUAUGGGAAAAGCAAAAAGUAUAAUGAAUAUCAAGAAAAUGAAAAUAUAACAGAAGACAAUGCACAGAACCACAUAACAAAUGGGACAAUAAACAGCACAGUAAACUGCACAAUAAACAAUUCAGAAAACAGCACAAAGAAUAACAAUACAGAAAACAAUAUUGGAGAGAGCACAAGCAAUAGUAAAAAGGCUGGUACAGCAAAUAGUGAUUCUUCAAAAUCUGAACUUCCUUCAGACCCCUUGGAUUUCAGAUUCUCUGAUGAACCUAGUUUGGAGAAAAUACGUCAACUACAGGCUGCCUUCUGUAAGGAGAGAGACUGGGACCAAUACCACACUCCACGUAAUAUUCUCCUUGCUCUAGUGGGAGAAGUUGGGGAAGUUUCAGAAAUAUUUCAGUGGAAAGGAGAGGUUCCAGUUGGACUUCCAGGAUUUAGUAACAAAGAUAAGGCUCAUCUAGCGCAGGAACUUAGUGAUGUUCUAUUCUAUCUGGUGCGGCUUGCACAUAUAUGUCACAUUGACCUUCCUAGUGCAGUAAUUGAAAAACUUCAGCUUAAUAAAGAAAAAUACCCUGUUGAGUUAGUAUAUGGGAAAAGCAAGAAGUAUAACGAGUACCAAGAAAAUGAUACUACUCAAAAGUGAUGUACUAGUGAUACAUUUUAGAUAUUUGCAUUCAGGAUUAUGGUUUUCUGGAGAAAAAUUUGCUGGAUUAAAUUUAGUAUUGAAAAAGUAAAGCAUAAAGAAAAUGUAUGACAUUUCUCCAAAGUGAUGUAACCGGGGAUUGAUUUAAAAUGAUAUUGGCAUUGAUGAUUAUGGUUUUCUGUAGAAAUUACUGGAUUAAUUAAAGUGUUAUGAGAAAUGCAAAAAGUAUAGAGUUUCAAGAAAAUG